UUUUUCCCAAGGGAAUCCGAUCAAACUUGACAACUGUGUAAACAUGGCUAAAAUCGUGAUUGCUGGAAAAUCCAAUUGUCCAUAUUAUGCCAGAUCAGAGCUGUUAGGCGACAAACUUUCAAGGAAUCUACCAGACUUUCAACUGCAUAAAAUAGUUGUGAAGCCAGAAGAAUGGGAUACUUGGCUGAAGGACACAUGCAGUUUGAGAGAAUGGGAACAUAAGAAGUCCCCUUUGGUGUGGCGAGAACUCAUUGAUAGAGGAGGAAAGGGGGUCCUCAUAGGAGGUGCCAAUGAAUUCCAGGAAUAUGCAAAUGGAUACUAUGGCGUUCAAUCCACACAAAACAGUGAGGACAUGCAAAAGAUUUCUGAGGAGAAUAAAGCAUACAAAAUAGAGGAGGAUAAAGAGGAGGAAGCAUUCAAAGCCCUGAGUCACCCCCUGCAUGUAUGUAUCACAAACGCCUCAAAUCCUGUAUGUUACAACUUAGUUGAUGCAAUGGCUAGAGGGGAUGUCUUUGGUGACUCAACAGAGAUUUCUUUGCAUCUGUUAGAUGAUAAAUCUAACAUGGAAUCAUUAGAAGGACUUAAAAUGGAAGCUAUGGACCUGGCACAUGGACUUCUUAGAGAAAUAAUUGUGACCUCAGAGGUUUCCAAGGCUUUUAAAGGAUGUGAUGCAAUUGUUGUGAUGAAUGACUUGAUUCAAUCAGAGAAAGAAAGCAGAGAUGAUUUUGUUAAACGGUCUGUUGAAUACCAUGUAAAAUAUGCCAAGGCCAUCAAUGAUAACGCGAAAAAAGAGGUCAAAGUCUUAGUCACAGGAAAUGGGCCAACUAAUUUAAAUGUUUACAUGAUGAUCGAAAAUGCCCCAAACAUUCCAAAACAAAACAUAGUAGGACUUUCCCGAAGACUGGAAAACAAUGCAAAGUCUGUGGUAGCAGAGAAACUAAGCAUAAAUCCCAAUGGGGUGGUGGAUCUAAUUGUUUGGGGAAACAUCAAUGGGGAUUCCUUCAUUGACAUCUCUAAAUGUCGUGUCCAUGGUUAUGAUGGCGCCAUCUGGGGACCUCCUUCCUUCUCACUUCCAGCUGCUGAAAUGAUCUGGGAUAAGAAGUGGAUGGAAAAUGAGUUUGUUGAGCUUGUAAAGAACCGGCACCAGAAAAGUCAGGAGUUGAUGGGACACUCAGCCAGCAUGUCCAGAGCGGCUGCUAUAGAAACCACAUUAGCUCACUGGUGGAAUGGAUCACCGCAGGGACAAAUCUUUUCCUUUGUUGUGGCAUCAGAAGGAUGGUAUGAUGUCCCCGAGGGCCUGCCCUGCUCCUUCCCUGUUACCAUCAGUCCUGAAGGUUCCUGGUCAGUUGUACAAGACCUGGAACAGACUGAUGCCAUCAAGGAGAAAAUUAAAGCAGCCAUUAAGGACAUUAUUGCUGAUAAAAAUGUGAUAUAUCCGCCACCAAAACCGCCUACCCCACCACCCAGUGAGGUCAAGGUCACCAUUGUGGAUCCUAAAAACCAGGAAAAGACUGAUGGAGAUAAAGCUGCAGAGAGUGAUUCCAACACAGAGGCCAAACUGGCUACAAUUAUUGAGGAGAAAACAGCCGAUUCUCUGAACCUGAAAACGCCGGAUUCUGGACCUAAACCAGAAUAAAUCAGCUGGCUCUGAGAUACAGAAUAGUUCCCGGAGGGUGUUACACUUUAUAUACAAAAGAAACUCACUGUUUAUCAUGUCUUGGAAUCAAAUGUUAUUGUAUGUGAAGUGCUGUAAAAUAAAUUUAUUUACGUUU